UUUACACUUGUCACACCUGAUUUCCUAGUAAUGCUUCCAAAUUCCCGGUGAUUAAUACAAAGUCAUGGAGCCGAGGGUCGCUGGUAAGCCGGACACCAUUAUGAUCCAGCUGGUGUCCCAGCAGCCGAGCUCCAGUGGCCAAAGACAGGCCAUGCCCAUUUCGGUGCAAGCGAUUCCCCUGUUUCCUGGGCCCAGAGCGACCAGGGAGCCACCACGUCGACCGGCGCCCAUGCCCCCGAACAUGAGAGCUCCGGCGGAGGGUCCUCCUCGCAUGCAUUCCAGAAUCCGGCCCGAGAUGUGCGUUCCUCCCAAGCGGCAGCCUUCUCAGAACCAGUUGAGGGGCUGCGGUCAUCGGUAUUCCUCCACUGGCCUCAACCAGCCACCACCGGUGUGCUAUGUGCUCCGACCUGAAGACAGGAUGGUACCCAUCUACAUUCCGGCGACUGCAGCUGCUACUAGCUGCAUCAAUAAUCAAGGCGGUCGAAUGGAAACAAAGUGUCCUUGCUGCGGCAGGUCACUGCUUCCAGAGGAGGAUGAUCAUCCAAGGGAGUCCCCUGAUCGACGGGAUCAGGGCACCAACACCAACAUCAAUGAACCCAUUGCUCUGGGGGAUCUAAAGAUGAUAUGCGAAACCCUGGGUCGUGCCAUGGUUUCAGCAGCCGUAGAUGCAGUCCAAAAAUCCCAGCUAGCAGAACCCCCAAACGUUUCUGAAACCGACUCAAAAUAUCCUAUGAAUAUCCUUCUGAAAAUACUAUCUCAGCUGAGUAGCCUGGAACAUAUGAAAUCCGAUCCAGCGCAGGAGGCGCCAAGGGCAUCAGAGGAUGUAUCUUUCGAUAGCAAGCGAAAAGCUAGCUUUUCGCAAACGGUCCGAUUGUCAACUGUGAUCCUACCCGAUUCCAGUGCGGAUGAUAUGAUAACAGAUGUGAUAGAGGAAGUGCCUUUACCCCAGUACGAUGACGAUUACCCCGUCGAAUAUCCCAAAACACCAAGAGCAUCACCGGAUUUGGCACGCGGCUCAAGAAACAGCCCGAAUAUAAUUUCGCCACAGAGCUCCCGACUCCUUUCCGGUUCCCUGUCCACUGAGGGCAUUACUUUAAGGAACAGCAAUAUAGUUGGCGAGCGACAGUCCCCUCCAAGAUUCUCUACCCGUAAAUCUCGGGCCAGAGAGCAAGCCUCCUCUCUAGCUGCAACCAACGGCCACCGGGGUCCCUCUAUAAGGAGGAGGUUACCCACGGAAUCAAUCCCCCCUCUAGUUAAAAAUAAAAAAUCUUCUGUUUCAAAGUCCCAGAAACAAAAGAUUCCUGUCGUAAAACAGUCAAAGAAUCCCGAUGAAUCUACAGUAGAAAGUCCCUUAGAACCAUUGUAAUCCCGUAAACCAACUGCUGACACUUUUUUGUUUAGCUACAUUUAAAGUCUUUGAUCCGAACAUGUUUUUAUAGUAACCAAGUAUUGAUACAACCGAAAAUAAAAAAUAAAUAAUAGUUCUCACCUAA